UCUCCCGUUCCGCUAUCUCCUAUCAAUCCUAUCACUUAUCGUCGGCGUAAGCACUUAACAGUAGUCGGUAAUGUUUUUCCUGAUUGAAGUUACUGAACAAUGACGAUAGUUCACGACUACUGGUACGCUGAUGAACUAUCUACUUGUUGCCGGUCCGGUUUCGUCAUCAAGCGUUCCAGAUAGAGUAAAAACGAAUCGACGAUCAUCACAUUGAGUCAAUAAGACCGCCGUCGGUCGGACAUCAGUACGCCUUUUUUGUUGUUAUCAUCAGUAUUCAGUACAUAGUAUUUGAUCGCCAACCAAUUUGCGCUCAUUCUGUGCCCACUGCACUAUAAUGGCCAACCGUCCAGUCACUUCGGACGUGAACCAUCCGCCCCAGUUCUGACGCCUCCAAGGUACCGUUGUUAUUUGGUAAUCAGUAUCAAUAGUUAAUCGUUAAUUGUUCUAUUUUAUUUUUUUCCACUUCAAACGACGCAACAAUGGCCAUUGACAAUCUGAUUGACUCAGUGUCUCUAUACGUACCCCGACAUGUUGCAUUUCACGGAGCCAUCUUUCCAUUUGUUGUCCUUUACAUCUCGUGGUCGUCCGCUUGUUAUUUCACCGACAAUCUGCUAGAUUUCUUUUUUGCUGGUAUUUUUGCCAUCGGUGUUGCCCAAAUAUUGUGUUCAUUAAGUUGUUACUGGUCUGUAUCAUUUAGAUGUCUAUUGUCAUGUCGACGUGUCACUUCCCCAGAGGAAGCUGCCUUGGUCAAAGUAUUACCCACUCCUAAUAAUGGAUUUACCGAAUUAGUGAUGUUAAACACAUUCCAAGACCAAGACCUGAAGACUGUUACAUGGUUUAGGUACCAAGAAAUCAAAUAUAUAUGGAAUGAUGACAAGAAAUGUUUCAAUUCUUUAGAAUUUCCAAUUGCUAAUACAAUAGAACAAUAUGGAAAUUGUAAAGGCUACAAUAGUGAUGAACAGUUAUCUAGAGCUAUACAAUUAUAUGGUCGAAAUCGCCUUAAUAUACAAUUACCAAAGUUUAAUGAUUUAUUUAUAGAAAGAGCAACAGCUCCUUUUUUUGUGUUUCAAGUAUUUUGUAUUGCGUUGUGGUGCUUUGAUAAGUAUUGGUACUAUUCUUUGUUUACCUUAGCAAUGUUGGUACUAUUUGAAUGCACUUUAGUCAAGCAACAAUUACGUAACAUGGAAGAAAUCAGGAAUAUGGGUAACAAACCAAUUCAUUUGCAUGUGUAUCGCAAUAAAAAAUGGCAAUUUUUAUUAAGUGACGAACUUACACCUGGCGAUAUUGUAUCUAUUACAAGAACCAAUAAUGAUCAAACUGUUCCUUGUGAUUUAUUACUCUUAAGAGGUUCAUGUAUCGUUGAUGAAAGCUUAUUGACUGGUGAAUCUAUUCCACAGAUGAAAGAAUCUAUUGAAAAUAUUACCGAUGCUAGUAGAAACUUAGAUUUUGAAUCUGAUAAGAAACUGCAUAUUUUAUUUAGUGGUACAAAAGUAGUUCAACAUACUUCUCCUAUGAAAAUAUCAUCAAGUGUGCGUUCCCCUCCAGAUAAUGGAUGUAUUGCUUAUGUGUUACGAACAGGUUUCAAUACAUCACAAGGUAAUCUACUACAAACAAUAUUAUUUGGUGUCAAGCAUGUCACUGCAAAUAACAUGGAAACUUUAGCAUUUAUUUUAUUUUUGUUAAUUUUUGCAAUUGCUGCAGCUUACUAUUUGUGGAUUAAAGGCACUGAAGAUCCAAAUAGGAGCCGUUACAAGUUAUUCCUUGAAUGUACACUUAUCCUCACUUCUGUUAUACCUCCGGAACUGCCUGUUGAAUUAUCAUUGGCUGUUAAUUCGUCAAUUUUAUCCUUAUCCAAACUUGGAAUAUAUUGUACUGAACCUUUUAGAAUUCCAUUUGCUGGCAAAGUAGAAAUAUGCUGUUUUGAUAAAACUGGUACUUUAACCAAAGAUGCUUUAAUUGUUGAAGGUAUAGCUGGUGUUGAAAAAGAUAUGAUUCCAAUGAAUGAAGCCCCUGAACAUACCAUUCAAGUUUUAGCUUCUUGUCACUCAUUGGUCCAACUAGAAGAUACAUUAGUUGGGGAUCCUGUUGAAAAAGCCUCUUUGAACGCAAUAAAUUGGAUUUUAACCAAGAAUGAUUUUAUUGUACCAAAGAAAUCAAAGAUACCACCAUUAAAGAUAUUGAACAGAUUUUAUUUUUCUUCAUCUUUAAAAAGAAUGUCUGUAUUAGCAGCUUAUAAAUGUACAAAAACAGCAAAUAAAGUUAUACAUAUAGCAAGUGUCAAAGGUGCCCCCGAAGUGCUGAAGUCAAUGUUAUUAAAUAUUCCUAAUAAUUAUGACAGUACAUAUCUUGAACUAGCUGGUCGAGGAGCUCGAGUAUUAGCGCUUGCUAGAAAAGAAAUGACUGCCAUUCCAAAUGAUUUAAAAAAUUUAAAGAGAGAAGACUUGGAAUGUGAUUUAAAUUUUGUUGGGUUUGUUGUGGUUUCGUGUCCAUUAAAACAAGAUUCAGAGAAUGUUAUUAAAGAACUUCUGAACUCGUCCCACAUGGUAACUAUGAUAACUGGAGAUAAUGCAUUGACUGCAUGUUAUGUAGCUAAUGAAUUAAAUUUUACAAGAUCUGCAAGUCAUAUCAUAUUGACACUUUCAGAAACCAACAAAACAUGGUGUUGGAUAAGUGAUAGUUACAAAAUUCAAGUCCCAUUAAAUAGUAGUAUUAAAGAAUUAGUCGAUUCAUAUGAUUUAUGUUUGACAGGAGAUGGAUUAAAUUUUCUAAAUCAAAAUCACAAAGAUAUAUUAAAAAAAAUUAUACCUCAUGUAUGUGUGUUUGCUAGAGUGGCUCCCAAAGAAAAAGAAUUUAUUAUAAUAACAUUAAAAGAAUUAGGUUAUUGUACUUUGAUGUGUGGAGACGGUACUAAUGAUGUUGGCGCCUUGAAACAUGCACAUGUUGGUAUUGCUAUACUUGCUAGAGGUAAAGAAAAGAUAAAAUUAAAAAAAGAUAUGUUUGCCAAUAAGUCAAGAAAACCAGGAGAAAAUGUAGGUGAUCAAAUGAAAAGACUAAUGAAAGAAAUAGAUGAAGAAUCUGUGACUGUGGUGAAGUCAGGAGACGCUAGUAUUGCUGCUCCUUUUACAAGUAAAUUUUCAUCUGUAACUUGUGUAUGUCAUGUAAUUAAACAAGGUCGUUGUACUUUAGUUACUACACUUCAAAUGUUUAAAAUAUUAGCACUGAAUGCUCUUAUUGCUGCUUAUAGUCAGUCUGUACUUUAUGUUAAGGGUAUAAAAUUUAGUGAUUCUCAAGCUACAUUACAAGGAUUAUUGUUAGCUGCUUCAUUUUUAUUUAUUUCAAGGUCAAGACCUUUAAAAGUUUUAUCCAAACAGAGACCACUGCCAAAUAUAUUCAACAUCUACACAAUUUCAACUGUAUUAUUACAAUUUAUUAUACACUUUUGUAGUUUAGUAUUCUUAGUCCAAGAAGCUAGUGUGUAUGCUGAAAGUGAUCCUGUGAAUACUACUUUGCCAUUUUCAAAUGACAGUUUGUUAUCAAAUAAUACAAAUUUGGAUUCUGCAGAAACAGAUGUAGACGAAUUUAAACCUAAUGUAGUGAACAGUGCAGUAUUUAUUAUUUCCAUGGCAUUGCAAAUUUGUACUUUUUCAGUCAAUUAUCGAGGACGACCAUUCAUGGAAAAUUUAAUAGAAAAUAAGCCAUUGCUGUACAGUACAGUAGGAACAAUUAUGGUAAUAUUGUUUUUAAGUAUGGGUACUUUGCAAGGACUUAAUGAGCAAUUUGAAAUUGUUCAGUUUCCUCAUGAAUUCCGAGUUAUUUUAAUUACUGUACUUAUUUCAGAUUACUUUGGUUCUUAUAUAAUGGACCGAUUAUGUUUAUGGCUUUUUGGUGAAGGAAAAUUUAAAAAAGUGCCUGUGUAAAAAAUGUUUUAUGUUAGAAAUGCAAUGUUAAAUAAUAAAUGUAUUAU